AUGACCAACGGUGCGAAGCCGCCGUCCACCGUGGCGAACGGCCGGUAUCAGAUCGAGAAGAAGCUGGGUGCAGGUUGUUUUGGGGAGGUCUGGCAGGGCAGGGACAAACAAACCAACGAGAAGGUUGCGGUGAAGUUCGAGGACUCCUCGGGCCAUGCGCUGCAGUUGGAACACGAGCAAGCUGUCUUGAAGCUCAUGGCUCAGCCACGUAGGCCUCAAGGCUUUGCAGAGCUCUUUUGGUGCGGACAGGAGCAACGCUUCAUGUGCCUGGUCAUGGAGAUGCUGGGCAAGUCCCUCGAGGACCGGCUGCAAGGCCUUGGAGGACAAGGAAACCCUCCACGCUUCAAUAAUCAGACAGCGGUCCUCGUUGCGGACCAAGUGCUGCGGCGCAUUGAGUACUUGCACUCCAAGGGCAUCGUCCAUCGCGACAUCAAGCCAGAGAACUUUAUGUUCGGAAUCAAGAGCAGGGUGCACCACCUUUAUCUGAUCGAUUUCGGUCUCAGCAAGAAGUACUUUGACCAGAAGCAUGUAGCGCUUCGGACGCAGCUCAGCCUCACAGGGACGGCCAGGUAUGCGUCCAUAAAUGCCCACAAGGGCGUUGAGCAGAGUAGGCGCGACGAUCUGGAGGCCAUCGGCCACAUGCUGAUGUACUUCCUUCGAGGAUCCCUCCCCUGGUCCGGCUUGGAUGCCAAAACCCAAGAGGAAAAGUACAGGAAGAUCCGUGAGAAGAAGGAGUGGACUUCACUUGACGAUCUCUGCGCAGGCUUCCCGCCGGCCUUCAAGAUCUACCUGCAAACAGCCCGCUCUUUGGAGUUCAAGGAGCGGCCCGACUACGUCGCCUUACGGAAACUCUUUGCAGAUGUCCGUGCCGAGAUUGGGCCCCAAGAGGACCAUGGCUUCCAGUUUCUCGAAGGGCGAGAGUUAGGUACCCUCGAGCCUCUUGAGCAAAUGGAGCUGCGGCAGCCUGACGAUCAGGCUCCCACUGGUGGUUUCUCUUUUUGCUUCUGCGGCAGCAAGUCAGCGGUGCGGGAUUAG